UGAUAUGGGUGGAUAAAGUGAAAAUUUGAAACAGGAUGGUGAGUUGGGAGAGCCACCGCCACUUUUUGUUAAUUUUGAAAGGGAGGUUCGGAAGGGCUUUGAAUUAGGUUCGGACGACGCAACGGUAAUUUCAGUUAAAGAAGCCGUUAGUCUCUUUUCGCUUUUCUUUUCCCUUUGUUUUCCUUCCAACACACUCCUUCGUUUAUUCUCUUCGAAUCGAUACUCCAAUUCUCUGCAUCAUCCAUCACGCGAGGGGGAGAAAAUGGCGAAGAAAUCCAUCGGAAGCUUAAUGCGGAAGAAGCUUUCUGAUAUCACCAACAGCACCAUCCCUCACUCCCAACAACUUGACACGUUUCCUUCCGAGAACAAUUCCAUUCAACAACUCCUGAAGGAAAGGACGGCGUUGAUCCAACUGCUUGCGGAAAGAAAUAAGAUUAUUGAAGUGAGUGGCGCGGCGCUGCAGAGGCUGAGAGGCGAUGUGAAGAAGCUGCAGCUUCAAAACUGGAACCUCGCUCAGUCAAAUAGCCACCCAGGCGCUUCGGCAACAUCAGAUGAGACUCAACCCCGAGAAAUGUACCGUUCCGACAUAGAACAUACCGGAAGUAUCCAGGCUGCCGUAUACGGACUAGACGGUUCGGUCAUUUGCCGUUCCGACUAG